GCCGUUGCCGUUGAGGCCGAUCUUUGUGCUGCAUACCCGAAGCCAUCAAGAACAUCGGAAGUGCAAAACACGGUUGCCAUUGGCUCUGCCCUGCUGUUCCCCGUGGUCGCAUUAAGGAUAUACUCGAGGAAGAGGCAAGGAGGAAGGCUCUGGCGAGAUGAGUACGCUGCACUCACGAGCAUGGUUCUCUUGGUGGUAUUAGCAGGCAUUGACCUUUAUAUCGCCCAGCUAGGUUUUGGAAUGCACUAUUGGACAAUUCCAAUCGGAAACGGACAUUUAAUCCUCAAGUAUUUCUAUAUCGGAUCGAUCGUCUACAUCGUUCUCCAGACCAUCAGCAAAGUUUCUUUCUUACUUCUCCUCGGUCAAGUCUUCCCCGGGCGACGGCUGCAAAAAUGUGUACAGCUGCUAUACGUCGUUCUCGCCUCUCACGGUUGCAUCUAUUCAGUGCUGUUUGCACUUCAAUGCCUUCCGGUGGAGUCAAUCUGGGACCGCCAUAUCAGAAGCUCGAAAUGCUUGGAUAUCGUCGCCAUAGCUUAUAGCAAUGGAGCGUUGAGUAUACUGGAGGAUAUAGCUAUACUAAUCCUGCCCUUUCCAGAAGUUUGGCGCCUGAACAUGGGUCGUCGACAUCGUGUAGCAUUACUUUUGCUAUUCAGUGUUGGCUUGUUUGCAUGCAUUACUUCAAUGGUUCGCAUGAACUUCGUGGUUCAGUAUACCGUCACGCUAGAUUCUACAUGGGACAAUGUGGAUAUAGUUAUCUGGUCGUUCAUCGAGCAGAUAACUGUGGUUUUCUGUGCUAGCUUACCAGCGCUCCGGCAGCUUCUGGGCCCCUUCUCAUCAAACAAAGUCAAAAGUUCGAGCCUGCCUGCAGGUGGCAUAACCGUCACUCAGGAGGUGGUGGUUAACCAUGAGCCAAAGGCUGGCCAUCAAGACACGAAGACAAGUCAGGACAUAUGGUGGCAUUAG